AUGAUUUUCAUUCUUUCAUUCAACAGCCUAUCCGCCACUAUCUCUUUUCCAGGUCUGUUUUAUCUCUGCUUUAUCUCUUUCCCCAAGUCCACUUUAUUUCUUCUCCAGAUGUGUAUUAUCCUCUAUGCUUUAUUUCUAUCAUACGUGUAUUAUCUCUUCUCUAGAUAUGUGUUAUCCCUUCUCCAGACGUGUAAUAUCUCUUUUCCAUAUCUGUUUAUUGCUUCUACAGAUAUUUAUUUGUUUCCAUAUAGCUUCUCCAGAUAUUCUUUAUUUCUUCCCCAGAUCUAUUUUAUCUCUUCCUCAGAUCGGCUUCAUCUCUUUUCCAGAUUCAUUUUAUCUAUUCUUCAGAUGUUUAUUAUCUCUUUCCCUGAUCCACUUUAUCUCUUCUCCAGAUGUGUAUUAUGUUUUUUCCAUAUGUGCAUUAUCACUUUCCCAUAUCCGCUUUCUCUUCUCCAGAUAGGCUUUAUCUCUUUACCAGAUCUGUUACUAGAUCCACUUUAUCUGUUCUCCAGAUCAAUUUUAUCUUUUUAUGAUAUGCACUUUGUCUCGUCCCAGAUCUGCUUCAUUUUUUUCUCCAGAUGUGGUAUAUCUUCCCCAGAUUGGCUUCAUCUCUCCUCCAGAUCUGCUCUAUCUCUUCCCUAG